AUGCUCGUUGAAUCAUUGCUGGACUGUAUGUCCCUACAAAGGGUGUUGGGAGGGAUAGCUGGUCUUCUGGCCCUAGCUACACUCGCCUACUCUUUGUACAACCGCUUCAUCCACCCUCUCCGCCGCAUUGACGGCCCCGUACUCGCAUCCAUAACACCCUGGGUCCAACUUUACCAUGGCCUCAAGGGUGACCGCCAUCUAUGGCUUCACGAUCUCCACCAGCAAUACGGGACACACGUACGCGUCGCACCAAACUUUGUCUCCGUAAACUCAGACCGUGGAUUACACGACAUCUAUGGACACGGCAAGCGGCUACAGAAGGCAGAUUUCUAUAAUGCAUUCCCAGCCAUCAAGGGGGUGUAUAACACCCACAAUGCAAUCGACAAGACCAUGCACGGCCGCAAGAGACGAGUUCUCAGCCAGGCAUUCUCGGACAAUGCACUCAAGGGCAUGGAGGAUGUGAUGCUUCUCCACGUGCGUCAGCUUUGCUCAGUUCUUGCCGGCUAUGAUGGGAAUUUCGAGACACAUGACCAGAAGGGUAACGUGAAGAAUAUGGGAAAUUGGUUCAGCUAUCUCUCGUACGAUGUUAUGGGCGAGCUCUGCUUCGGUAAGAGUUUCGAUAUGCUUGUCUCUGAUUCUCAGAGACACAAGGUUGGACUAGUGGAUCGCGCUGCGAACAGACAUUACGUGUGUGGACUAUGGAUGCCUCUCGACACAUGGGGUCUGGAUCAAAUCUUCAUCCGCAAAUUGACACGCGACCGAUGGAACUUCAUCAUGAACUCGCGCGUUGAAGCCAACGAGAGGGCGAAAGAACGCACCCAGAUUGGACACGAUGCCAAAAAGGACUUCUUCUACUACCUGUUGAACGCGAAAGACCCAGAAACCGGCAAUGGACUCACCACGCCUGAGCUAUGGGGAGAAUCCAACGUGCUCAUGAUCGCAGGAAGUGACACAACCUCCACCACUUUGGCAGCCACUCUCUUCUACCUCGUCCGACGACCAGACGCACUGGCCAAGUUGACCGCCGAAGUGCGCAGCGCCUUCUGCGAAGUCGAAGAGAUCAUCACCAGCAGCCGGCUCAACGAGUUGAUCUAUCUCAAGGCCUGUAUUGAUGAAGCACUCCGUCUCGCACCAGCGGUCCCAGGCGCAAUCCCCCGCGAGGUGAUGGAAGGUGGAGCCGUCGUCGACGGCGUUUUCCUGCCAGCCGGUACAGACUGCGGAACACCGACAUAUUCCAUCCACCGACAGGAAAGAUACUACCGUGAAGCAGGAACUUACCUCCCCGAGCGCUGGAUUGAAGGCGAAACAUGUACUAGCGGUGGGUUAACUUGGCAGACGACCAAGGAAGGUAUUGAGACUGCUCGCCACGCGUUCUGUCCGUUUAGUAUUGGACCCCGCGGGUGUAUCGGCAAGAGCAUGGCAUUUAUGGAGAUGCGGUUGACAUUGGCGCGCUUGGUUUUCCUCUUUGAUAUGUCGUUGGCUGAUCGCCAGGGCGAGGUUGAUGGGCAUUUGGCGCUGACGGAUCAUUUCACCAGCGCCAAGAAUGGGCCCAAUGUAGUUUUCCGACGAAAGUAA